AUGAGUAUGAAAUAUCGGACCAAUGCGCAGCGUGGAAAAGGUACCUUUAACCGUAGCUUCCUGGGUCUAAUGGCAUUGGCCCAUGAAAGAGCCAAAGGCCAAGAUGCAGAGCUACGAGCUGCUUUCAACGUGUUUGACAAAGAGGUCAAGGGAUAUAUCGAGUGGAAUACACUGAAGUAUGUGUUGAUGAAUGCAUCAGAAUCACUGAAUGAGUUGGAGGCAGAGCAAAUGAUGGAGCCAGAUAAAGAUUGAGAUGGAACCUUCGACUAUGAAGGAAUGGUGGCCAUGAUGACUGCAGACUCCUUCAAAUGA